AUGUAUGCAUUGUCUACUAGUGUUGAGGGUGACUCUUACCUGCGUGUCCCGCCCGACCCGGGCAUUGCGUCCAGUGAGGCUGCCGCUCUAGGUGCUAGUGCGUCUGCUGGCCCAAGUCCUGGUGAGGCUUCUGCUCUAGGUGCUGGUGAGUCUGCUGCUUCAGGUGCUUGUGCGUUUGCGCCUUCAGGUACUGUGUCUACUGAGGCACUGCACACCUUCACGCUGGACUCAAGUGCUUCUCGUUGUUUCUUUUGGGACCGCACUGCUCUAGCGCAGCUCCCCAGGCCUGUUGCUGUCUCCCUGGCUGACCCUCUGGGGUUCCGCCCGGCGGAGGCUCCUCUGCAGACCCUUCACAUGGACGUGUGGGGCCCAGCCCACGUCCGUGGACAGGGCGGAGAGCACUACUUUCUGCUGGUAGUUGACGACUACACGCGUUACACCACGGUCUUCCCCUUGCGCACCAAGGGUGAGGACCCUGAUGUCCUGAUCCCUUGGAUCCGCGCUACCCGUCUCCUGCUGGAGAGGCGCUUUCACACGGACCUUCCCAUCCUGCAACUGCACUAUGACAGAGGUGGUGAGUUUUCUUCCGGCCUCUUGAGGGCCUUCUGUCAGGGGGAGGGCAUUGAGCAGACGUUCACGCUUCCGGCCUCUCCACAGAAAAAUGGGGUUGUUGAGCGCCGCAUUGGCUUAGUCAUGGAGGUCGCUCGUACCUCCUUGAUCCAUGCGGCUGCCCCCCAAUUUUCUGUGGCCGUUUGCGGUCCGGUACGCCGCGCAUCAGCUCAACCUCUGGCCCCGUGUCUCCGUUCCGGAGACCUCGCCGACACUGCGUUGGACGGGAGAGUUCCCUGCGUCUUCCUCGGCUUCCCCCCUGGCGCGCCUGGUUGGCAGUUUUACCACCCCACCUCGCGCCGUGUUCUGUCCUCUCAGGAUGUCACGUUUGACGAGUCGGUCCCCUUUUACCGUCUCUUCCCCUACCACACUGCCCCGCUCCCCCCUCCGCCGCUCUUCCUCACGCCAGUCGAGCCUGUCGAGGUAGCUGUCGACACUGGUCCUGCGCGAGGUACUGAGCCUGAGCGUGCUGCGCCUGGAGGUGCUGAGACUGGGGGUGCUGAGACUGGGGGUGCUGAACCUGAGGGUGCGGAGCCUGCGGGUGCGGGGCCUGGGGGUGCGGAGCCUGGGGGUGCUGAGCCUGGGGGUGUGGAGCGUGGGGGUGCGGAGCCUGGGGGUGCUGAGCCUGGGGGUGCGGAGCCUGGGGGUGUGGAGCCUGGGGGUGCUGAGCCUGGAGGUGCGGAGACUGGGGGUCCUGCGCCUGGGGGCGCUCUCUCGUCCCAGCAGCUGCGUGAGUGGUACUCUCAGCACUGUCGCUGCAGACGUGGUGCUGUGGGAGCUGGGGGUGCUCGUGGGGCUGGAGAUGAGGGCGCUGGAGCUACUAUUGCUGGUGUCGCUGCCGACCCUGGGGUUGGCGCUAGAGGUGCUGCUGGAGCCGUUCGAGGUGUUGGGGCUAGUGGUACUGUAGGGGCUGGACUGGAGGCGCUGCCGCUCAUCCUACUGGAGGUGGUGGAGCUGACGGUGCUGCUUGUGCGGGUGCUCCUGGGGGUACUGGAGUUGGCGCUACUAGAGCUGCUGGAGGUGCUGCGGGAGUUGGAGCCGGUGCUGGGGGUGCUGGUGCUGUCUCUGCUGGUUCUGGGGGCGCUGUACGGCCGCAGCCGUACUUUGUUCCGCUCCUUCAGCAAGUUCAUGUCACGUCCUGCGUCGCCUAUCCGUGCUGCUCGCACUGGUCGUCGUGUUCCACGUCAACGUCUUCCUGCUCUCCCAGGCAUGCACCGGAUGGCGCUUCGUCCUUCCACUACUCCACAGCGGGUCCCUCUGCCGUCUCCUCCUACGUCCUCUCUUCCUGCACUAGCUGACCCGGAGUCUGACUCCCUUCGUGCUGCUAGUCCUAUUGUCACGCGUCUCCUAGCCACUGUUGUCGCCGACCCUUCCUUUGAGUCCACUACUGCGUCUGCCUUAGUUUCUGAGCUUGUCGACUUUGCUGCUCACUGUCGUCUAGACUACGCCGCGAGUCUUGUUGCUGAGUCUGAGUCUGUCUGUCCUCCGUCCGUUGGGGGUGAGUGUGCUCUUGGCACGGACGUCGUUGAGGACAGGCAGGAGGAAUUUGAGUGCUUUGCAGCUGACGUACCUCAUCUCGUGUCCAAGCUGAUUGCACCUGAGGGAGACCCGGAUGCACCAGACAUCCCGACCCCGCGCUCUAACGCAGAGGCGAUAGAGGGUCCCUACUCCUCUCAGUGUCAGCGACAGGGAGUUGACUUCUUCCAGACCUUCUCCCCGACCCCGAAGAUGACCACUCUUCGGGUUCUGCUGCACGUCGCUACUCAGCGUGACUACGAGCUUCACUCUCUUGACUUCAGCACUGCUUUCCUACAGGGCAAACUGCACGAGGAGAUCUGGCUGCGCCGCCCUCCUCGCUUCACUGGGUCGUUUCCUCCUGGUACCCAGUGGAGCCUCAGGCGGCCAGUCUACGGUCUCCGCCAGGCGCCCCAUGAGUGGCACGACACACUGAGGACUACGCCUGCGGCUCUUGGGUUUGCUACUUCCACUGCUGACCCGUCGCUGUUUCUACGCACCGACACUUCGCUGCCGUCGUUCUACAUCCUCGUGUGCAUCGACGACUUGGUCUUUGCCACUGCUGACACUGAGGGACUCACCCACGUGAAGUCGGAGCUGUAG